AUGUUCAACGCAAUCUAUAGAGCCGCCAACCUGCAGCGGUCGCAGAUAGCCACGGCGGAACUCAUCCAAGAGGCGACCAAACGAGACGUUGCGGAUAAGAGCAACUAUCGACCCAUCUCGUUAGCUACUAUCAUUGCCAAGGUGCUGGAUAGCCAGCUGAACGCGCGUUUAAACCAGUUUUUGCGAUUACAUGAAGCGCAAUUUGGCUUCCGUAGUGACCUGUGCACGGAAACCGCCAUUCUCGGACUUAAGCAUACAGUACAAUAUUAUACAAGUCGACGUACACCUAUCUAUGCUUGUUUCUUGGAUCUCUCACGUGCUUUUGACCUCGUAUCAUAUGACAUCUUGUGGAACAAGCUACGAGAGAGAAAUGUACCAGUCGAAUUGUUGCGUAUACUUCAGUAUUGGUACCACAACCAGAUAAACUACGUUAGGUGGGCCGAUAAGCUCUUGUCGCCAUACAGUUUGAACUGUGGAGUUAGACAAGGUGGGAUAACCUCGGUGAAACUUUUUAAUCUCUAUAUUAAUGACCUGAUUGUUGAGCUCAGCAGCAAGAAAAUUGGAUGUCGCAUUGAUGACGUAAGUAUCAAUAACAUCAGCUAUGCUGAUGACAUGGUGCUGCUGAGUCCAACAAUCAGGGCAAUGAGGAACUUACUGGCUUGUUGUGAGUCAUACGCUCUGACGCAUGGCCUAGUAUAUAAUGUGGCAAAAAGUGAAUACUUGGUCUUUGGGGCAGGUGGUGGUAAAUAUCCAGAGGUCGUACCUGUAAUUAAACUGAAUGGUACUGAACUAAAACGCGUCUAUCAAUUUAAAUAUCUAGGUCAUUAUGUGACUGCCGACCUUAAGGAUCAAGUGGAUAUAGAGAGGGAGCGUAGGGCGCUGGCAGUCCGAUGUAAUGUGGUGGCGCGAAGCCUUUGGACCAACUAUACGCAGCGGGCUGUCAGUGCUUUACGCGUCCAAUACAAUAAUGGAUUCAGGAUGCUGAUGGGGCUGCCUCGUUUCUGCAGUGCAUCUGGUAUGCUUGCUCAGGCAGGAGUUGAUGGAUGCCAUGCCAUCAUAAGAAAAAAGUCUGCUUCGCUGCUCUGCAGACUGAGAGCUAGCUCCAACUCCAUCCUGGGCACCAUAGCAUGGAGAUUUGACUCUCCGCUGUUACUAGGAAUUGUUCGUAGAUGCAUUUCGAACAAUAACCUAGUAACAAAAUAAUUUAAAUAUGAACUGUUUUAUUUU